AUGAAGGGAAAUGCAACAUCACUACGUGAGACCUACCUAUACGAGCACCUUUGUCGGAAAUUUGCUGAUCAUGAGAACGUUACCAUCGAUAUGCUUCGUUUUGAAUCACACAAAAUACAAGAGAAAGCUAAAAGUUUGUUUGGACAGACCAGUGCGGAAGAUGUAGCUAAGCACCUGGAGCAAGAUAGUGGGUUGGUAGAAGUUGCUUUAAUCGGCCAAACCGGUGCUGGAAAAAGUACGCUAUUCAAUGCUCUUACAGGUAUACGAUUUGGAAAAGUAUCUCAGUAUGAUCUGGAAGCCGUGUCUAGGAAUGUGCUCAGAUGCGAGUCUGAUCCGAAAUUGAUGCGAGGACAGGUGAGAAUAGAAGUGCUCUAUCUCUCUGAGACUCAAUGGGAAGAAGAUCGAAACUCGCUUAAAAAUUGGGCUAGCGAUGAUCUGGAUGAAUUACGUGAUAUCUUGAGAAAUUUAGGGUAUACAACGAGAAACAAAACGGAAGUGGAGUUAGAUGCGAUGCUGGAUGAAGUCCCUCCCAAUCUGGUGUCUAAAUUCGGUAAAUGGGUUACCUAUAAUACAUACUCGUCAUACGAGUUAGCUCGUGUUGCGCUCAGCGAGUUCGACAAUGAAGGUGAAAGUAUAGCUGAGAUCAAAAUUACAGCCAACUUCGAAGAACGGCUACCGCCAAAUAUCAGCCUGGUCGAUGUUCCUGGUCUGGGCGAUUCCAAUCCACUGCGAAACAACAAGUCAAGGCGCUUUCUCAAAGAAAAGCGUCCUUAUGUCUUCCUCUGUUUGGCUAGAGAGGCGGGGAAGGUUAAGUACGGACCUUGGACAAUGCUAAAUUCCGUAGAUGAUUAUGUUGGCGUAGAAAAAGUCACAAUAGUAAGAACCAAAUGGGACGGUACACGUAAAGCUAUCCAUGUCGAUCGUGAUUUGGACUACUUUCAAGGAAUGCUAAUGAAGAAGUAUCAGCUCAAGGGCAAGAUCGAAUAUGGUGAUGAAAAAGAUUACAGUGGGGAAGACACAGAUAAAGAUUUCGUUGACGAUACUGAUGAGAAUCCUGACGAAUUAGCAUACAAACGUGAUAGAAUGAAGAUAAUCAAGAGCCUGCAGCAGAUCAAGGCAACAAUACGCGAGGAUGAUACAUGCGACACUGAUGCUUUGCCCGCGAUCGUCAAUUGCGCUCAAUACAAAGACUUCGAUGUGGCCCCAGUCCUUCAGAAUCUGAAAGCUUUAGCAAAAGCGCAUGGGAAAUCACUUCUGAUUGAAAUUGCGGCCGUCGCAAACGGAUGGCAUUUUUUUGAGCGCGAUAAUUUUAUAUCGGAAACGGAGAAUUUAAAUAGUUCUACGUAUCUUGGUAGUCUAGAUACACGAAUACGUGACCGAGCAGUAAAAACACAAACUAUGAAAUAUGUCCGAAGGCUGCUGGAGCACCAGCUGAAUCUUUUCGGAUCUAACUAUAGUGGACUACGAUUUGUUUUAAAGCAAAGGGGUCGAGGGGAGGUUAUGACAUACUGCGAGAAAGAGCGGCAGAGGAAAUUUGUCGAUUUGAACAAAGAGAUGCUAUCAGGGUUUGAGCAGUCUACGAGAUUACUCAGAAUUUAUCUACGGGACUUAACUGGAAAAACUUUGCCAUGGAACCCUCCGCAUGCGGUAAAGUCCAAAAUCGAGCGCCUACAACGAAUUAUGAUCAAGGACGAAUUCGAAUCCAAACCAAUUGCAGUCAUCGCCGAAAUCAUGAAAAGGGCGUAUGUAUGUGUAGGAGGGAAGGAAGCGGUGAAACUUACAAAAGCCAACAUCUUGAGAUUCUAUGAUUCACACAAAGAAGAAAUCGCUUCAGCCGUUGCAAACUGUUUGAUUAGAGUGAGGGAGAAAGCUGCUUCGAAUUUGCUAAAACUGGUCAGCGAGACUCUUUCAGAUUACAACAGAAUAGGAAGCCUUUUGCAAAAGGUGACCAGACCCGACACUCCCUCUGACCAGAGCAUGGCACGUCUGCGACUUCACGACGGAAGUGAACAGAGCAGAGUCCGAAAAAAGUCUCGCCCAAAUUGAAAUCUACAUAUAUGCGUAUUAACCCCCCCUGGUCGGAUGGCCCUGGUAGUGAAGUGUCGGAGGCAGUCUUGACAGUCUGUCUAUUGCAGGCGGAAGAAACAAGCAGUCGUUUUAUGCAAGCCGACUUGAUUGAGUCUUGAAUUGAAUUUCCAUAUGGUGCACUCGCGUAUAGAUAGGGUUGGGAAAUGCUUAUACUUGAGUCCAUUAAAUAGACCGUCCGAUCAAAGAGUUAAUUAAAUAUUUAGUGUAAAUUGCUC